CCGCUUGCCAGAAGCAGACGGGAGCGCACCUGUAACCCGCGCCAGACCGCCGCUACCGCAGCGAGAGGGAGGCUCGUUUUCGAAAUCGCGCGCAUCGAAGCGCACUGUCCUCCACGAGCAAACUCUGUCGGAACAAGAAGGUCAAGAGCGAGGGAGCGGCGGCGACGACGACGGCAAUGACGCUCCUGCAUUCAAAAUUUUUAACGUAAUCCGACACGUGCGAACAGCGAACCGGCGAGGACUCUACCGAGACCGACUGUCAUCAUGCAGAACGUGACCAUGUAUUCGUCUAGUCCCGGUCAAGCACCGACGGCGUACACGCUCGGCAAGGGCGACUACGAUACCUUCGGUCCCAUCAUCCUGAUCCCGACGUCCGCCGGCCUGGUACCGGGGAUACCCAAGAUGGUCAGCAGCCCGGACCAGCCGCCGGGCACUCCGACCACCCUGGUGUUCCAGCCGGUGGUGCCUCCGACGACCGCGGACGUGCCCGGCACGCCGAAAGGAUUCGAAGAAGCCGCCAGGUACCUGCGGUCGUUCUCGUUCGGCGAAGAACCCAACAGCCUGGCGGCCAGGGUGUCCCGGAGGCUCUCCCGAUCCGUGCCGGAGUUGAGACCGCAGGAGAUCGCGCGUCCCACGUUCUCCAAGGUCCACGAAGAGGACUACGACAGUUCGUCGGACGAGGAGCACGUGACCGAGUUGCCCAAGAAGAAAGUGUCCGAGUCCCGCUGGUUGCACUAUCUGGACCUGGUGGCCGGAUGUUCCAGGGAGGCCGUGGGACUCGGGAAUAUUUGGAGGUUUCCCUACUUCUGCUUCGUGCACGGCGGAGGUCCGUUCAUGAUUGCCUACCUGACACUGCUGGUUGUGUGCGGCAUGCCAAUGAUCUGUAUCGAGAUGGCGGCUGGAAGGGUGACUCAGUCGGGGCCGAUCGCCGCCAUCGCCAAGCUCUGUCCUCUCAUGAAGGGCGUGGGACUCGCUGGGGUGGCAGCCUCGUUCUUCAUGAGCGCCCUGUACGCGGUGCUGUUCUCAUGGGCCAUCUUCUACUUCUUCAACUCGUUCCACGGCAACCCGCGCUGGGCGACGUGCGCCAACUCGUGGAACACGGCCAAGUGCAGCGAGGACCCCUACACGCUCGUCAAGAGCCUUUACGGCGGCUUCCAGAAUCCCAACGCCCCGCCGCCGCCUCUGACCCUCCGGUUCCCCAACGUUACCAGGCCCACGGUGUCCAACUGGACGGACGUGAACGUGACCACGCCGGGAUUUCGGAUCCCGGACCUGGAGCUCGACAUGACGCCGCGUCCGCGCGUGCCCCAGGGGGAGGAUGACAGCUCGUGGGUCUCGUACACGCUCUCCAGGCACACCACGACGGCGCAGGAGUUCUUUGAUCACAAGCUGCUGGAGGUGAGCGGCGGCAUCGACUCUCCCGGAGAAGUGCGCUGGGAGCUGCUGGCUUCGAUCGGGCUGUGCCUGUGCCUGACGUACGUGUCCCUGCGCAAGAACACCUUCUUCACGGGGCGCAUCAAGUACGUGCUCUCGCUGGCGCCCAUGCUCAUCAUGAUCGCCUUCCUCAUGAGGGUGAUGACGCUCGAAGGCGCCACCGAGGGAAUCAUGUACAUGUUCCAGCCCAACAUCAAGGAGAUCAAGAACGCUCGGUUGUGGAUCUUCGCCUUGGCGCAGACUAUUCACUCACUCGGCCUCACGCUCGGAUCCAAUUACGUUGUCAGUUCCAAGAACAAGAAACAGAUAAGCGUAAUGAGGGACACCGUGAUUUCAGUGUUUGUGAACACGGCGACAGUCAUGGUUGUGGGAUGCGUGGUGUUUGGCACUAUCGGGCACAUCUGCGCACGCUGGCGACAGAGGAUCGACAGUCCCUUCCUGCAUAAAGAUCCCGGAAUAAUAUUUGUCGUCUACUCGGAGGUCAUAAGGAACAUGCCGGUGCCAACUUUCUGGGCUGUCAUCUUUUUUUUCUUCCUUAUCUGCGUCGCCAUGGAUUCACAAGUAACAAUUGCUAGCACAGGAGUACAAGCACUCGAGGAAUCCUACGGCCGGUUCAUCAAGCAACGAUUUCAGGGGCACGGCCUGUUUCUGCUCUUCAUAUGCGUCGCAUGUUUCAUCACCAGCAUACCUUACAUCACACAGGGAGGCAUCUACUAUUUCCAAAUGACAGACUACUACGUGGCCGUGCUAGCGCUCAUAAUCAUCUCAUUCCUCGAGCUCUGUGCCCUUGGCUGGUUCUACGGCGGCCACAACCUCCUGAGUGGCCAGAGCGAGGUGAUGCACCACGUGCCGUACAUCUACCUACGCAUCUGCUGGGGACUCAUCACGCCGCUCGUGUUCGUGGCGGUGGUGGUGUGUGGCGGCAUGUCCCUUUCCCGAUUACGCUACCGCAACAAGCACCACUUCCCCAUGUGGGUGGACGUCGUGGGCUGGAUCCUGUUCGGCAUCAUCGUCAGCGUGGUUCCCGUGUUCGUCGUCAAGGCCCUGCACAAGGCAGAGUCUUCGGGAAUCAUCCAAAAAGUGAGAGAAGCCCUAGAGCCCCAGAUGGACGUCGACCAGCCCACAGACUUUUGGGAACCAAAGCCGCUGGUAGUCAUCAACAACCCCAAGAAUGGCGUUAACCAUCACGCCUCGGUCCUCAAGAGCCACAGGUACAAGGGCUACAGCAAAGGAGACUACGAAGGCGAAACAGUCAUCUGAAACGGGCCACAAAACCUUUUUAGUGUCGUCUGCGUUUCAAGAAAGACCCAGCAGAGCCAUGCCCACACCUGCUUGGAGAACUGCGAGCUUUCAACGCAAAGUUCACCAGCUGUGAAAGGAACAAAAACUGUCUCCAUAUCUUGAGAUGUGCGGUAUAGUUUAUUUGACUAGCCCAUGAUCAUUCCUAAAUGCCCAGAGAGAUAACAUUAUGGUCUUUAUUCCAUUAAAAAGGAUAAAAAAAUGCAUUGGAGGCAGAAAACGUCCUGUGGUAGAGCUUUCAAGUUGCAAACAAACCAUAAAAAUAGCUUCAGUUGAGCAAGUCCUUGAGAGAGACAGUGCUUUCCCAUGGUAAUUUUUUCGCCCACAGCUUCGCCAUGUGACCAGUGCCGACAUGCACCAGAUGGUUAGGACUGACAUCUGACCAAAUUAUGACGAAGCCCAAUUUUUUUCUGAAAAUGUUCUUUCCUAUAUUUCUCAUUCUCUACCCACUGUACUUGUCCUCAGUUGUUGCACGUCCUGAGAAAGCUGAUCAAGAGUUUGUAAAACUCCAGCACAGUCUAAGGUGCAAAAAGGCUAGUACAGAGACAGCAACCUAUUUGUACAGUGGAGCUAUGACUCUAGGUUUUUUUUUCUUUGUAUUUCAAACAUCGAAGAGUGCCGGUUACCUUCCCGAGCAUUGCUGGCCUUGCAGGCUGGUAUACUGGCCAGUGCCACUCUGUCGGCAUUGGCUCUUGUAAGAUAGGUGGAUGGCAGCAGUUGAUGUUCUUGCAGCUGCCUCUAAGAGGCAUAAGAGCAUUGCUUCCAUACUCAGCUGGAGUGUAGGCAAUAAAUACCUUAACAUUUGCA